CCCCAUCACAAUUCUCAAUUCAACCAACCCAACCAAACUGAACCAAAUCAUCACACACACAUACUAAGAAGCAACAAUUCUUCUACAAUGGAUCUCCUCCUUCUGGAAAAGACCCUCAUAGGUCUCUUCCUCGCUGCGGUGGUCGCCAUCGCCGUCUCCACCCUCCGCGGCCGGAAAUUCAAGCUCCCACCGGGCCCACUCCCCGUCCCAAUCUUCGGCAACUGGCUCCAAGUCGGCGACGACCUCAACCACCGCAACCUCACCGAUUUGGCCAAAAAAUUCGGUGACAUCUUCCUCCUCCGCAUGGGGCAGCGCAACCUCGUCGUGGUUUCUUCCCCUGAGCUCGCCAAAGAGGUUCUCCACACGCAGGGCGUGGAGUUCGGCUCCCGCACCCGCAACGUCGUCUUCGACAUCUUCACCGGAAAGGGCCAAGACAUGGUCUUCACCGUCUACGGCGAGCACUGGCGCAAAAUGCGCCGCAUCAUGACCGUCCCCUUCUUCACCAACAAGGUUGUGCAACAAUACCGCCAUGGAUGGGAAUCGGAGGCUGCCGCCGUCGUCGAGGACGUCAAGAAAAACCCCGACGCCGCCGUCUCCGGCACCGUCAUCCGCCGCCGCCUUCAGCUCAUGAUGUACAACAACAUGUACCGCAUAAUGUUCGACCGGAGGUUCGAGAGCGAGGAGGAUCCCAUCUUCCAGAGGCUAAGAGCCUUGAACGGAGAGAGGAGUCGCUUGGCGCAGAGCUUUGAGUAUAACUAUGGUGAUUUUAUUCCCAUCUUGAGACCCUUCUUGAAGGGUUACUUGAAGAUUUGCAAGGAGGUGAAGGAGACGAGGUUGAAGCUUUUCAAGGAUUACUUCGUUGACGAGAGGAAGAAGCUUGGAAGCACCAAGAGCACCAACAACAAUAAUGAACUUAAAUGCGCUAUUGACCACAUUUUGGAUGCCCAGAGAAAAGGCGAGAUCAACGAAGACAACGUCCUCUACAUUGUUGAAAACAUCAACGUUGCUGCAAUUGAAACAACUCUAUGGUCGAUUGAGUGGGGCAUUGCUGAGCUUGUGAACCACCCAGAGAUCCAGCAAAAGUUAAGGGAUGAGAUUGACAGAGUUCUUGGAGCAGGGCACCAAGUGACUGAGCCAGACAUCCAAAAGCUCCCAUACCUCCAAGCAGUGGUCAAGGAAACUCUUCGUCUUAGAAUGGCAAUCCCUCUCCUUGUACCACACAUGAACCUCCACGACGCAAAGCUUGGGGGCUAUGAUAUCCCAGCUGAGAGCAAGAUCUUGGUGAAUGCAUGGUGGCUGGCCAACAACCCUGCACACUGGAAGAAGCCAGAGGAGUUCCGGCCUGAGAGGUUCUUCGAGGAGGAGUCGCUUGUUGAAGCCAAUGGCAAUGACUUUAGGUACCUUCCCUUUGGUGUUGGCAGAAGAAGCUGCCCUGGAAUCAUUCUUGCAUUGCCAAUUCUUGGCAUCACUUUGGGACGUUUGGUCCAAAACUUUGAGCUCUUGCCUCCCCCUGGCCAGUCACAGAUUGACACUAGUGAGAAAGGAGGGCAAUUUAGCUUGCACAUACUCAAGCAUUCCACCAUUGUGGCAAAGCCAAGGUCAUUUUAGACUCCACCACAUGAUCAUGAUCAUAUGAUCAAUCCCCUUAAUUUUUUCUUUUUUCUUUUCCCUUUUCUUUACUCUGUAUUGUAUCAAUGCUUGAAAAUGGGGUUGUUCCAAAAAUGUCAUAUAUAUUUGGCCUGCUAAUGGGUAUUGUAAAUCUCUGAACUUGAAGUGAUGCACGGUUUUGAGAUGGUUUUCUAAUAAACCUACACUUUUGUCUCUAAAUACUCUGUUUCAUAUAGUAGAACUUUAUUGUUGUAGCA